AAAGUAUUAUUCAUACUUCUGGUUGAAGAUGAAGCGGAUUUGGCCUCUUCCUGUACCUUUUACAAGUUUCCUGCUAUCGCUGGCCUCACAAAGCGUGAGUGCAGAAAACUAUGGAGAUGUUUGUGAGGACUAUUUGUCAGACCAUGUCCACCUAAUGAAUUCGAACGGGGGGACGGAGGCCAUUGAAAACAAGGAUGUAGAGCACACCUUUACCUGUCUCCUGUACCAAACCGAUGUACUCAACUGCUCCUGGUCAUUCCAUACGUCUGAGAAAGACAUGGGGAUGUCUGUUUUCAUCGGUGUUUGCAAGGAUCAGGAAUUGGUGGAUUCUAAAAGACAGAACUCUGUGGAGAGAACAGGAUCUUUAUCUUGGGAAAUCGACAGGGAAAACGUGCAAUAUGUCACUCUCCGUUUUAACACCUCCCUUCUGGACAAAUGGACAACUUACACCCUCUCAUUUGAGAAAUUAUCUCUGAUUGUCUUACCUUCACCGAGUGUAUCUGCACUGAUCAAAGAUGGAGACUUGAAGAUAUCAUGGGAAAUUCCUGGCAGGGACGAAAUUAAGGCAUCUUGGUACGACUUACAGCUGGACAUGGGAGACCAGGGGAAUGUCAAGAAUUUGACUGAAAAGCUGUCUUACACUGAGCCAAAUGUGGAUCCCUCUAUCACGUACAGGUUGAGGAUGAGGACAAAGAUCUCAGAGUUAUAUGCUUGGAACUCUCAAUGGAGUGAAUGGAGUCCCAUUUUUACUUUGGAAAAAACCAACCCACUCAACCCUCUGGUGAUUUUGGGGAUUUUACUUGUAAUACCCAUGAUCCUCCUUGCUGUGCUGCUACUUGUCCGUCAUCAGAGACUCUCUAACUUCCUGUUUCCUCCGAUUCCUCGCCCACCACAGAAGUACCAGUACUUCCUGGAAAAAAUUGAUCCCCUGAGUUUUUCCUGUCCCGCACCGCCAGCAAGUCAAGAAGAGGAAAUUACAGAAGUUGAAGAUACGGUGCAAAGUUCUGAUGACAAAAAGUAACCGAAGGACGAACACAUGAUGGGCCAGCAAUAACAGGCGCUUCAGUCUCUAUCAGGAGCCAACACACGUGUGCUGAAAGUAGACAAAGCUGCUAAUAUUUGCAACUAUUUAUGCCGCCAUCUUGCUUGUAUGCUGCAGAAAAAGUUAUUUUCUAGUGCUAGAUUUGGUUAAUUUGCUCGACACUUGGCUAAUAAAUAUAGAGUGGCUGGUUUUAGUAGAUAAAAACAUCAAAUUCAUUGUGUGAAGUUUGAAUAAUUGAUAGAAACACAACCUGUGAAGCCUGUUAAGAUGUUUUUGCUCCUUUAUUUUUUUAAGUAGUUUUAAGAGACAAACUUUAAAAUAUCUACUCUUAACUAUAUUGUGAAGGAAAUUGUUUUAUUAUUAUCAUUGUGUAAAUGUAGUUGUUUAACUGUGUGUUUAAAUGUUAACUCAGAUUGACCUUUUUACCUUUUUUAGACAGCUUUGUGUGUGUUCAUCUGCCUCUCAUCCCAGCAAGGAUGAGGGGGUUUUACGACACACUGUCCUGAGUUAAUAAAGAAUCCUGUUUGAACUUAGAAUCCACCAAAUGGGUCAUUAUACGACACCCCCUAAUGAACUUUUCUCUUUGUCUUGAAAUUGUUACCUCCUUCUUGUGUUCUUAAUAAAAGCAGCACGGGGAGAGGCAGUCCUUUGAGAAGAGAAGCGUGGUGGACGUUUUCUGUCACACUUGCUUUUCUCCCUUGUGGAUGAGAAACUUGA